AACGUUUCCUCAAAAAUUUUGGCUUGAGUUUUUUGCGCCAAAUUCCGGUUGUUGUGCUGUUAUUUCUUGGCCGUGAAGACUGAAGAAUAUCUUUGCCCGAUCAACGAGGCUCUAAACCCUAACUUCCAUUUCUCGACGUAAUUCAGAUUCCCUCUUUUGAUUAUUCGAUAUUUCGGUUACAUCUAACGUCAUGGAAACUAGAGAAUCCAAAUAUGGAGAAUCAACUACAUCUUUGGUGGGCCAGAAUGAUGGAUUGAGAAAUGAGGGGCAUAUCCCCCAACUAUUCCCUCAGCUAUUUACUUCUGUACCAGCUCUUAAUGAAGCUGCCUCAUAUCUUACCCAAACAACUUCAUAUUUUACUCGUUGCUUCUCUGAUGUUGCUGAAGGACCAAUGGAUGGAGGUUCGGGGAUGAACAUGGUGGAAUUAACAAAAUUUUCUGAAUCUUUUGCCACUGCCACUGCUGCUCCACCUAUACAUGAUGGGCAACUGAGGACCCCGGUAGCAGUUUCACCUCAAAAUACAACUGCAAUUGCAGAAACUUCCGGUAGUGCCCGAAAUGGAUUGUCAAUUUUCCAAAGCCUCAUUGCCCGUGCCCGGAGGACUGUACAUGGGUCAGCAGAUGAUAUUGGAUGGCUACAACAUGCAUCAGAAAUGCCCCCAGUUGAAGAUGGGACACAGAGAUUCAUGGAAUUGCUUGACAAUAUCAGGCAUGGUGUUCACACAUUGCCAAACUCAAUGAUUUACUUGCUGGUUCCAGGUCUUUUUAGUAACCAUGGCCCGCUUUAUUUUGUGAGUACAAAAUUGUGCUUCUCAAAAAUGGGUCUUGCAUGCCAUAUUGCCAAGAUUCACAGUGAGGCUUCAGUGGAGAAAAAUGCUAGAGAAAUAAAAGAGUACAUUGAGGAAAUUUAUUGGGGCUCCAAGAAGCGUGUGUUGCUUCUUGGACAUAGCAAAGGUGGAGUGGAUGCAGCAGCUGCAUUGUCUAUGUAUUGGUCUGAUUUGAAAGACAAAGUUGCUGGGUUGGUUUUAGCACAAAGCCCAUAUGGAGGUAGCCCAAUCGCAUCAGAUAUCAUGCGGGAAGGGCAGCUUGGUGAUUAUGUCAAAUUAAGAAAACUCAUGGAGAUCUUGAUCUGUAAAGUGAUUAAGGGUGACAUACAGGCCCUAGAAGACUUGACAUAUGAGAAGAGAAAGGAAUUCUUAAAAAAGUAUCAACUGCCUCGAGAACUUUCUGUUGUUUCCUUCCAUACAGAGGCUGCUAUUACUCCUGGGGUUCUUGCCUCCUUGUCCUAUGUUGCACAUGCAGAGGUUCCCAUGGUUGCACCCCUUACCUUGAGUCAGUCAGCAAAAGUUCCAGUGGUUAUGCCCCUUGCUGCUGCAAUGGCUGCAUGUGCACAGCUACUUCAGGUCAGAUACGGUGAGAAGAGUGAUGGACUUGUCACGUGUCGUGAUGCAGAAGUUCCUGGAUCUGUUGUAGUCCGUCCCAAGCGUAAACUGGACCAUGCUUGGAUGGUUUAUUCAUCCAUGAAAGAUGAUCCCUGUGAAGCCAAUGCUUCUCAAGUUUGUGAGGCUCUUCUGACGUUGCUUGUGGAAAUUGGUCAAGAAAGGAGACAUGAGAUUGCAAUGAAAGAUGAAUGAGGGGCUUCUGCACUCAGCUUCAAUUAAAACCCCUCAUUUUUGUAUGAUCCCGAUUCCAGUCUAUCUUCUAACCCCAUACCGACCCCCAAAUAUGAAAAAUGGAAGGAAAGGAAGGAAAUAUUAACCGAAAGAAAAAAUAAAAAUGGAAAAGAAAUGUUCCAUGAGAUUAAUUGCCAUUGCUUCACUUGUGUUGAGGUUGGGGAUGAAUGAAUAUUCUUAUUCUGAAAGAAGGAUUACACAGCUGUUACUCUAUCCCUGUGCUGUCUCCUCUUAUGAAAUAUAUAAAGACAUGCACGAAAGGACCCAUACACGAGUGCGCCCUUCACGUGGGUCUUUCUGGUUCUCUUGUUCGGUAAACCUCUCUCUCGAUCACAUUGAUCAAGCCAACUUAGUCAAUUGUGUAAAAGUGAGUGAUGAUGAUGAUGGAACGAUAAUUAACUCUAUUAUGUUCAUUUUGUAUUUUUCCAAAUUAAAGGAUCUGCAUGAUGAUGAUGAUGA